CUCAAUUAAAAUAAAUUUAUUUCCGCCGUUAUAUAAAUGGCCUGAUUCAUUUCAGCACGUCAUUAUCGUUUUCUUCCAAGUUAAAAACCAGAACCAUUCACGCAACUCUCAUCAAUCAAUCUCUCUCAGAAGAAUCUCCAAGAACUCACCUGAUAAUAGGAAAAAUGCCGGAAGGGAUAACAGCUGAGAAUCUAUUGAACAACAUAAUGGAUACAUUUGCUGAUAGAGAUAGUGUACCAAAGCAUAAAACAGUAUCAUUCUUUGAGGAAGACAAAACAAAUUCAGUAUCAUGUCAAUUGAAUAGACUCUUUGGACGUGAGAAGCCAGUACAUCACCUUCUCGGUGGUGGAAAAUCUGCGGAUGUGUUGUUAUGGAGGAACAAGAAGAUCUCGGCAAGUGUUAUAUCUGGGGCUACAUUCAUUUGGGUGCUCUUUGAAUGGCUUGAGUAUAACCUUUUGUCACUUGUGUUCCUUGGUUUAGCUCUUGGCAUGCUUGCUCAAUUUCUAUGGUCAAAUGCUUCAGGGUUGCUAAACAGGUCCCCAUCGAGACCGCCUCGUCUUGUUCUGCCGAAGGAUUUGUUUGUCAAUAUAGCCAUGACAGUCGGUGCUGAAGUUAACAGAUUCUUAGGGUUUCUUCAGGAUGUUGCAACUGGAGGAAACUUGAAGCAGUUUCUUGCGGUUGUAAUGAGCUUGUGGGUUGCUGCUAUCAUUGGAAGCUGGGUUAAUUUCCUGACAGUCCUGUAUAUUGGAUUCAUUGCUGCCCAUACUCUUCCGGUGCUUUAUGAGAGGUAUGAUGACCAAGUCGACAAUUUCGUUUAUAAUUUUCUCGGACAGCUUCAACACCACUACUUCAAGAUGGAUGCUAGUGUACGUAGCAAAAUGUCAAACCGAAAGCUAGGCAGAAGGAAAAGUGAAUAAACUUGCGCAAUGUAUUCAUUCAUCAGCUAGUUUCCCUUGGCAUCUCAUUGUAGUUUGUUCUGUAAACCCUGUUACUGAUAAUGGUGACUUAUCUCUGUAUAUGUAGUGAACUUCAUUGCAGAUUCCCUCAGUUAAAAUAACUUCUGAUUAACUUAUUAAGGCAAACAUAUUUUAUCAA